AUGGUCCGAACUCGUUCACAACGUCAUCGAGCAACAAAAUCCGACCAUCAGAGACUAUCCACACCAGAGCUGUUGUCCGAUUCCGACGAUUCACCGAGCAAUAGCGCUCCACAGUCUACACCGUCUCCGACGAACGUAACUCCUCCACCAUCAUUCCCUUCACCGUCACCUCAGCCACAACCAACCACCACGGCUUCUGUCUGCUCGGGUCCACGUUCGCGCACUCAAAAAGGGAAGCAAUUGGAAAUCUCCAGUAGCCUACAACUCAAAUUAGGCGGCUUCAAUACAUUCAUUGAUGCACAAGACCAACAACGGUAUGGGUCCAUGUGUGAGCGCAAAAUCUACCCAUGUAAGUAUAUUCACACUCACACUCUUGAGCAAUUAGGAAUUCGUAAUGAAAUUGAUGAGCUAGUGAAUAGAUUGAAUUGGCAAAAUUAUGUAUAUGUGGACUGCCCUGCAUUUAUUGAGCUCACCCAGGAUGAAAAAAGUGAGCGCUACGUACGAUCCCAAUGUGAUUACAGUCCUGAUUUUAAUCCUACUGAAUUAUGGCAUGAAUGGUCAGUUGAUGUUGCCCCUUAUAAUCCUAGUGCUUCUAAGAAAUUGGAGGUGGAAACAAGUUCCAUUUCAUUGAAAGUAGAACCUGGUUCAAAUGCUGUUAUUGUCAAGAAUCUUUUCUUGCGAUCCUAUCAUGGGAAUCUGGGAAUUCCUGGUUUAUCUUACACAUUUGAAUCGCCAUUGGAAGGAUUUGGAGUGGCUAGAGUUGUGUAUUCAGGGCAUCCAGAAUUGAAGAAAGGGGACUUGGUUUGGGGUGCUGUUGGAUGGGAAGAAUACAGUCUCAUUGAGAGCACUCGAAGUCUCUUUAAAAUCCAUCACACUGAUGUCCCCUUAUCCUAUUAUAUUGGAAAUAUAGGCAUGCCAUGUAUCACUGCCUGGGCCGGUUUCUAUGAAUUAGCUGCUCCCAAGAAAGGAGAAAAUGUGUACAUUUCAGCAGCUUCAGGCGCUGUUGGUCAACUUGUUGGACAAUUUGCUAAAUUAAUGAGCUGCUAUGUUGUUGGAAGUGCCGGAAGUAAAGAAAAGGUUAUUUUGAAGAACAAAUUGGGAUUUGACGAUGCUUUCAUCGACGAAGAGGAGCAAGACUUCGAUGCAACUUUGAAAUGGUGCUUUCCUAAGGGAAUUGACAUUUACUUUCAAAACGUUAGAGGAAAAAUACUAGAUGCAGUGCUUCUAAAUAUGAGAAUUCAUGGUCGAAUUACAGCAUGCAAAAUGAUCUCGCAAUAUAAUCUUUAUACUGGUCAGGAAACAAGUAGGAUGUGGGCAUAUGAACGUGAGAAUAAGACUUCUUAA